UUUAACUAAUACUGCAUUGAGCUGUUAACUGUAUUAUCGGUCAGACUCGGUAAGAAAUAUUUGUGUACAGAACGGCAGCCCAUCCCAAUCCGCGCUUUAAAACGUAUUGUAGUACGACCACUGGGAAGUACGGGGGAAGAGGAUGAUGACCGUUUCAAAAUUGACCCAGAUAAAAUAAACACGAAAAUCGGUCAGUCCUUACAGCGUCCACAGUGGUAGCAGCGGUCUUCGUCUGAAGCAUUACUGUAGCUAAGGCAUCGGUGUGAAAGGGAGUGCCUUGUUCCACGAGUAUUUUCGUUCUCCGCGUUUAUUACUCGGUACAGUUUCAAGGUGCACACGGAGAUGCGCUAGCCGGGGUUCCGCACGCGCUCGGUUGUAGCAGCGUUCCAAAGGAAAAAAGGCUGGAGAGCGCGCCCUGGCCUGGGGGGAAAGAGGCCUCUCGCCCUGGGCCUGCCUGGAAGCGAGCUCCCUCGUCUGACGCGGAGCCGGUGCUGGUGCCGGAGCCGGUGCCGGUGGUGGUGAGGUCCGCGGCGCGGCCACCGCGGGAAUGGCGGUGCCAUCGGCGCAGGAGUUCCACUGGCAGAGCCUGGCGCGGCUCUCCGGCGGGCGCGUCUACCACUCGCUGGCGGAGGCGGGCGGGCAGCUGUACGCCGUCGGGGGCUGCGACGAGGGCGGGCGCCCCAUCAGCGCCCUGGAGCUGUACGCCCCCGAGGUGGACCAGUGGGUGGGUCUGCCCGCCAUGCCCACCCCGAGGGCUGGGGCGGCCGUGGCCGUCCUGGGCAAGCAGCUGCUGGUGGUGGGCGGCGUGGGGAAGGACCAGCGGCCCCUGAAGGCCGUGGAGAUGUACAACACGGACGAGGGCAAGUGGAGGAAGAGGAGCUCCCUGCGGGAAGCUGCCAUGGGCAUCUCCAUCAUGGCCAAAGACGGCAGGGCGUUCGCGGUCGGCGGUAUGGGGGCGGACCUGCUCCCCAGGAGCAUCCUGCAGCAGUACGAUCUCCGCAAGGACGUGUGGGCCCUGCUGCCCUCCAUGCCCACGCCCCGCUACGACACCACCGCCUACCUGCUGGGCUCCAAGAUCUAUGUGGCAGGCGGUCGGCAGUGCAAGCGCUCGGUGAAGUCCUUUGAGGCGUUUGACAUGGAGAGCCGCUCCUGGGCAAUGCUGCCCAGCCUGCCCUGCAAGCGGGCGUACGCGGGCGUGACGUGGGACCGCGACGGGCACCUCCACUGGCUGGGCGGGCUCCGGCAGGGCGGCCUCCACCAGCGCUCCAAGUUCACCAACAACGUCAACAUCUUCGACACCCAACAGGGGUUUUGGCGUAAGUCAGAGGACACCGUUUCCAUGAAGACCAAGCGGGCGGACUUUGCGUGCGCUUACCUGCGUGGGAGGAUCGUCGUUGCGGGGGGACUUGGCAACCAGCCGUCUGUAAUGGACACUGUGGAGGCCUUCCACCCCGAAAAAAGGAAAUGGGAAAGGCUUCCUCCCAUGACCACGCCCCGCUGCUCCGCCUCCAGCAUUGUAAUCCGAGACCGCCUCCUCGUGGUGGGAGGGGUUAACCAAAUCCCCAUUUCUGCCCACGAGAUACUGUAUGUCAAAGAUGAGGAGAUUCUUUAGCUGCACCAACUGAGCUUCCAGCACUAAAGCGAGACUUCUUAACCUGGGGUGCCUUUUGAAAGGCAGAGAGUCAAAA